CUGGCAGACUGUGCUUUAGGUUUCAUCUGCAGCCACUACAGCAGCAACCAGCCAGAACCAGAGAUCCACUUUGGACUUCCUCUCUUUCUGGGCUUCCAUCUGUAAAAGCCUGUUUCUCUGUGGCUGCAGCAUGCUUUCAGGAGCCUGUUGACCAGACAGGAUGUCGUCAGACCUCUACCUCAGCGAUGGUCAGUCAGAGAGGGGGUUCGUCCCCUUGGACAUCGACAAUGUCCAGAUUCUGCUGCAGGUGGAACAGGAGCAGAUCCAGAAGAGAACCUUCACCAACUGGAUCAAUGCUCAGCUGGCAAAGCGGAGGCCGCCAUCUAAGAUUAGAGACCUGUUCCAUGAUUUCCGUGAUGGCUCUAAGCUGCUGGAUCUACUGGAGGUGAUGAGCGGUCAGCGCAUCAAUCGGGACAAAGGACGAGGGAUGUUUCAGAGCAGGAGCAACAUUGAGAAAGCACUUUCCUUUCUGAAGAAAAAAUCGGUCAAACUGGUCAACAUAAACAUUCCUGACAUCAUUGAAGGUAAACCCUCCAUCAUUCUGGGCCUCAUAUGGACCAUCAUCCUUCAGUAUCAUAUCGAGGAGCUGGCCAGCUGCCUCUCCUUUGAUUCCCGCCAGUCGUCCAUGGAGUCUUUGGCCAGUUUGGACACUCGCUCCACGCUCUCCAGCCGCUCGGCCAGCAGCAGCCCUGUUCCUGCUAAAGGCUCUCCUCUACACAGUCGCUUUAGGGUUUCUGCAAAGAAAGCUCUGCUGCUCUGGGUGCGGGAGCAGUGCCACAGAGCUGGCUGCUCACUGAGCAUAAAGGACUUCAAGGCAAGCUGGAGGAGCGGCGUCUUGUUUCUCGCCAUCCUGAAUGCUCUCAGACCCAACCUGGUCAAUCUGUCCAAAGCCAGAACCAGGACCAACAAGCAGAACCUGGAGGAGGCCUUCCACAUGGCAGAGAUGGAGCUAAAGAUUCCUAGACUCUUGGACCCCGAUGAUGUAGAUGUCAGAGAUCCAGAUGAGAAGUCCAUCAUGACCUACGUGGCUCAGUUCCUGCAGUACUCCAGAGACGUGCCGGCCCAAGAGGAGGAGAUGCAGACACAGAUCUUGACUCCUCCUAAAAGCCCUUCACCUGUCAGCCUGCCUGUUCACUACACUCCUGCUAUUUCUGCUUCACCUCUUCGGCAGGCGACGCCGGAUCGAAAGGCGCAGGAAGUGACCUGCUGGCUUCUUCAGGCCUAUGAUGAGCUGUUGGAAGGAUGGGACUCCACAGAAGGAGAAAGCUACUCUGAGCGAUACCACGUUUUCCAGACCUUCCUGGUGUCUUUCAAUGAGCAGCGCCGGCCCAUCAUGCCCUUACUGACCUCCAUGAAACGAGCCCCAAAGCUGAGCGAGCAGCAGCAGGCUCUGAGGGAAGCCUGGGAAUCCCUCAAUCAAAAGCUGCAAGAAUACAAAGCUGAGUUAGACCGGAGUCUCCCGGCCCCCCUGGACACCAUAGCUCAGUGGUUGGUUAAAGCAGAAGGAGCUUUGGCGGAAGAACAGGGGGAGCCCCCAGAUCACGGCCGUGCCGCUGAUGAAGCCAGAGAGAAACAAGAGCUGCUCAAGAUCUGUUUGGAGGAGAUGCCGCAGCAGCUGAAAGUCUUCCAGUCCUUCCCAAACCUCAACGAGUUUGGAAACACAAUGGUUCCAUCAGAAAAGAUGGAUGAGCUGAAGAGAAGAUUCACCAGUGUGCGAGUGUCUGCUAAGUACCAUGGAAUCAAGCUGGAGUACAGAGAGAACCGACACACAGUUCUGGAUCUGCUGGGACAGAUCAGAUCCAAACUCUGCAUGUGGAGGAAACCCUACAUUUCUCCAGAGGCUGUCAGAGUUCUGCUACAAGAAUGGCAUGAAAUAAACAAACAGGAACUGCCAUCUGUGCUGGAAGCUGCCCUUCAGAAGCUGAAACACAUUGCAGAGAAAUAUUCCAGUAAAUCUGCCCUUGCUGCAGAUUACCACCGUGUCAGUCAGCAGGUGAAGCAGCUUGAGGAGAACACUGCUGCGGUUCUGGAGGAGAUUUCCUCAGCCAGGAUCAGGAUGAGCCGGGUCCUGUCCGCCUGGGACUCUUACAAUGACUGCCAGAGCUCCAUUCAGGCGUGGCUUGAACAGGGCUCUGUGACUCCCAGCCAUGGACACUCAUGGAUGGCUUCUCAACGGGUGACGUCUGAGUCCAUGAGUGAGUGGGGCUCCAGGCAUGCCCAUUUAAAUGAGGUGAGCCAGUUCCUGAUGGAGUGCACAGACCCUCAGACCAGCAGAGCUCUGGCUGAGGAGCGGCGGAAACUCAACAAGCACUGGGCAGAGUUUGUCGAAAGAACCAAUCUGGAAAACUCAACAGAGCGGAGUGCUGAUGUCACAGCUAGCACCUCCCAGGACCUCCAGCAUUUGGUCAGAGAGGCCACUCUGAUUCUUAAAGAGCCUCUGGAAGCAAUGGCGGGUCCUUUAAGAGUGUACAGGAAACGGCUACAGUUCACAAUAAGAAAGAUAAAGGAAGUAAAUCUUGGUACCCUUGAGCCAUCUGCAGAGUGUCCACCUGAUCAGCUACAGAAACUCCGGCUUGCUAUUCCUGAAGUAAUGCAAACCCUGUUUGAAGCUGAAAAGGUUUGUGCUGAGCUCCAGCAUAGUGUCACUGGGUUGGACACCAGACUAGCUGAACUCCUUCUCUGGGAAAUCGAGGCCAGGGAGCUGUACUCAGUGCUGAGAGCCACAGAUCGACAACAAUCAGUACAAGGCCAGGACCCACGAGCCAGGAUCAUCAUUUCCCGUGGUCUUCAACUAGAGGGCCAGGUGGUCACAGAGGAGCAGGACCUACAGGUUAUCGUUAUGACUAGUCAGAAAACCACCCCCAUCCAAUACCUUCAUGCAUCUGCUAUGCAGAAACGGGUCCAAACUGCCGUUUCCCAGUCCCAGGAAGCUAUCGGUUUGCUCAGUAGCCUGGGUUCAAGGAGAGACAGAAGCAGAAGCCCUCCUGAAGCUGUCCAACCAUCAAAUGUCUUCAUCCAGGCUAAAGCUACACCUCAACACCUGAGAGAGUCAGAGACUGCACUGCCAACUCAUCAGUCAGAGAUGAACGUCAUCUCACAUUGGAGUCAGGAAACCUUUGUGCCAAAGAUAGUAGUGCAAGAAAGCAGAGAAGAAAAGAUGUCUCCACCAAUGCCAUAUACCUAUGCAGAGGCUGUGAUGCAGACAGGUACAAGGGCACGCGAAGAGGUCCAAUUUCAGGUUUGCCAAAAUGCCAGCGUGGAAAGAAAUCAGAAAGUUCAAGAUACCCAUGAGCAACAAGUCCUGCAAAAGGAACUUUCCAAAAAAUCUGAUCAAGAAAAGCUCGAAGCAUUAAAUUACAAACUGGAACCCAAACCAGAAGAAAAGAAAGAGAAAGAGAUGGUUCUAGAGCAACCACGCAAGGCCAAGCAGAAGGAACAAGAAAAUGAGAGCAAAGUUUUUCAGGUUCAAUUUGAACAGCAGAGCAUUGCAAAUGUAAAAGAAGAAACCCCUUUUAAACUGACAGCUGACCUUUAUCAGGAGAGUUCACAUCAGCAACCACCUGCAAAGAAAAAGUAUCUGAGUUCAAAAGAACUCCAGAGCAGAAAGGCUCAGGCAACAAAAAAUCGACCAUGGCUUCAGAAAACAACCCUAGCAGAAAAUAAAAGCCCAGAAUCUUCUCAAAAACAAGAUCCUGUCCAUUCAAGACAAGUCAAGUCACAGUUAAAAAGAGAAACAAAGUCUGCUCAGGUUGUUUCCCAAAAUACACCCAGAGGUAGGGCACACCCAGAAUUACAACAAAAGGUGACAAAGCAGUCACCAAAUGAACAACACCAGUCUUUAAGGUUAGACCAGCAACAGCGACAAAAGACGCAGGUUCAAAGCUUUCAGAAACGGGUACAACCACCUGUAAAGCAGGCUGAAACUGAUUUAGAAAACAAGGGUCAAUCCCAAGUCCAGUCUUUUACAAAGCCAGAAUCUACUGCAAAGGUUCAGCCUCAGUCAGCGGCCCAGCCUCAAGAACAGUCAAAAAGUCUGGCUUAUACUUGUGCGAAUAGUCAACUAACAACCAUGUCCCAAACCAGAAUAGGUGAAACUCUGUCACAGAAACAAACAUCCCCACUAAACCAGAGUCCCUCUCAAACAAGUGUCUUUUAUGGAUCUCGGCUUCCCUUGAAUACGCUGGAGGGGCCUCCAGUCAGACCCACCCCUACAGUUCAGGCCCCUCUACCAGGUCCCAUCCAACUCCCUUUGCCUUCCCAUAUCCAGCUUCGUAGUCAUCCACAGUCUUGGGCUCCUGUUAGACCACCUUCUCCUAAGCCACCAACAACUGAUAGGCCUGAAACCUCUGGUCAGCAAAGUUCCACUCAGUCUCACCCCCAGCUGCAGUUUUUUAAGCAAUCUCAUCUUCUCAGUCCUCCAACUCCACAAAUCCAAGCAAAUGAUCAAUCUCCUGCCCCACAUCAGCCUCGGGCUUAUCUUCAAAGCCCUUCCCAGUCAGUUUCCCAGGCUCAAAUCAGUCCUCAACAAAGAGCCAUCCUUCAAACUGAUGCCCUUUCCACAGAGCGAGCUGUCAAAUCAAAGUCAGGGGCCAAUCAGCCUCAAACACCAAUUUAUGAUGAAUCAAAAUGUCAACCUGUAGUCCAUUAUCAAGCUCGUUCAGCCUCUGAUCCCACAAGUCUCACUCAGCCAGCAGUCCCACACCAAGGUCUUUAUUCUCAAGGCCAACUGCCUGCUUGGCAUGAAGUUGGGACACAAAUGCCUAUCCAACAUCUUCAAACUACUGUUCAACCUUUUCCUUACCUUAAUAUAUACCCCCAGCCUUGUUUUCCAUCCCAGCAGUGGGCAGAAAAACAAGAACUACAAAAUCAAGCCAUUUCCCAACACAGGCACCCAGUUUCACAAUUAUACCCUCAGCAGAUGACUCAUGCUUUACAUUCUCAGGGGUAUCCAGCAGGUCAAGCCUCACCCCAGUGGGCUCAGCAAGGAUCUCAGAUCAGUCCCCAUGGGUAUAUGGUUGGUCUAUCCUGUACACAGCCUCAAAUAAGUCCCCAGACAAGCACACCAUCCUGGACUCAAGCCCAUUCCCAACAGAGCCAUAUCCAACAGGGUCCUCCAACAGGAGCUUAUCAUUUAGUACAGAAUGAACAAGGUCAGAUUCAGCAAAAGACCUGGUUCCAGCCUCAGCCUCAGCCUUACCACCAGCCUGUGUCUCAGACUUAUUUCCCAGCUCAGCAAUCAAUCCACGGGCAACAUCACACUCAGCCUCAGAUGCAAAUUCAAAUACCUCUACAACCACCACCCCCACACCAUGCUCCUCCUCAGCUCUCUACACAGAACCAAGGACACACUCCUCAAGGCCAGUCCCAAACACAAACCCAGCAGCAACCAGUGCUACAGACUAAAAUACAUACCAAAACCAAUCAGCUUCCUUCUAUAACCCCCAUUCAGUGGUCCUCUCCUCAGCCCACACAUGCCCAGGUGCUGCCAAACCCAGUGCCUGAGAGCAAAAGUUCUUCACCUCCAGAACCCAAACCUCUGGCCUUAGCACACUCAGAUCCAUCAGUUGUGUGUUUACCAUCUCAGCCAAAGGUGGAGCCAUCAGUUGGCUUAGAGAAAGAAGGUGUAACUGAUCACAAACAACAAAUUGCCACAGCAACAGUAAAUAUUGAGUCUUCACCAAAAGACGGGGAACAGAAAUGCAAUGAAGAAACUGUGACCCAAUCAGAGACAUGGUCCAAAGCACAUUCUCUAGCUGUAACUGGUACUGUGUCUGUCAAACAACCUUUACCUGAACCUCAGGGGCAGAAAAUGUCUGUCGUUGUAAGACCGAGCAAGAUUGAUAUUGAAUCUACACAGCCACCCGGCAUGACAUCAGAAACUGCCUCAGAACCAACAGCUCAGACACAAAUUCAGCCUGUUGUUCAACCAGCGACUGAACUUAAGGCACAAUCACUAACACCGUCCAAACCCCAGAGCCAGUUCCCAAGUCCAACCCAGCAGCAGCCUCAGUCACCAAUGCUGAACAAGUCCCAAACUUCAACACAACCCAGGGCCUCAUUUUCACCUCAGACAAGUCCUAAGACUAGACCAGUACCUACAAUGGCUCCUCAGAAUAAGGAAGAAUCAUCAAAUCUCUCUCCUGAGACAUUUCUUCUGCCUCAAGCUCCUGCUAAGGCCUACACAGAAGCCUACGCAAAGGCCCAGGCUCUGGCCCGCAACCACUUUGAAGAGGCCAAGCACUGCCUGCAGGCCCACAUCAUCGAAGCAAUCUCUGUCUUCAAAGAUAGACGCUUGUCACCUGAGCAGGUCUCAGCCAAAGAGCGGACUCUAAAGACCCUUGACCCAGAGUUGCUAGAGGAGUUCCUGAGAGCAGCCAAAGGCAUGGAGGCCUUCUGCACUCAAUCUCAACUCAAAGAGAUGGAGUUCUUCACGCAGUCUGUGCAGUCACAGUGGAAGGAUGUGAGAGCUGAUAUCUCAGGGUUUUUGCAACAGUUGAGAUUUGAAGUAGCAAGAAAAGCUUUUAAAUGUUUAAUCAUUUUCUGUUUUUUCCUUCCUUGGAUGUGCGUGAUGGUUCCCCAGGCCUGUUUCUCAGCUGACUUUACGAAGGCCGAGCAGCACUUGGAGGCUCUGCAAGGGCUGAGUAGGACCCUGAGUCCUGAGGAGGCUCACCGCCUGGCUCAGACUCAGCUCCUGGAGUGUGAGAAGAGGCUGGCUGCCAUUCAGCAUCAGCUCAGCAGAGAGCAGGAUUCACCGCAGCCUGAUUCAAGUGGACCUAAUGAAGCGUCUGUGGAGAGCACUUCGACUGGGCCUGAGGUGACAGGAGAGGAACCACCUUCAGAGGUCACCGAGCAGAGGACGUCUGAGGACAGGCUGGACGCUGACAUGCAGACAUCCAUGGAAGAAAUCACAAAGAAGGAGGCUGUAGAAAGAUAUGAAACCUGCAAACGGACGCUGCAAGCUCAGCUGGCCAAAAACGAGCAGAGCUUCAGAGAGGAUCCCUCUGACUUCAUCUCCCUGAAAGGCCUUCACACACGACUCCAAGAAAUACAGUUCCUGAGGCAGGAGACCGAGGUACUCUGGUCCGAAUAUGUAAACCAGUCUUCCCAGUGUUCCCAGUGGAGUGGGGAGUCAUGGGUGGAGCAAGAGAAGGCCGAGCUGCUGGAGCGGUGGCGCCAUCAACAGACAGCCCUCCAGAGGAGAGGCAGUUCUCUGGGCGCCGCCCUCAGACAGAUCGAUUCCACAGAGAACCACAUGGUGGACUUCAACGACCGCCUGGACCGCUACUUGAGACACUCCAAGGACAUCAGUGGCUUCACGCUGGCCAGCGCCAACAUCCUGAGGGACAUCAAGGAGCUCCAUGACAACAUUCAGAGCGAGUUGGACCAGUUGUCCCGACUGGACCUAGAAUCCAGUGACCUGGACCCCAGAGAAUGCUUCCCUCUGACUCGAGAAGUGGAGACCCAUAAAGCCAGCCUUGAUCAGCUACGACAACAGGUCCAGAAGAGCGAAGCGGCGGCCCGCGCUCUCGACCGAUUUCUCAUCUCACUCAGCAAGGUGGACGAUGACAUAUCUGGGGUCCAAGGGGCCCCCUGCAGUGAUCCUGUGGUACUGCAAGACUGUCGCUGCAAGCUGUCUCUGAUCAGACAGAGCAUUGACAGUCUGAAAGAAAAGGCCCCUCAGCUGGACCUGCUGCUGCAGGGGGCCAGGCUGACCGUCACCAGGGACGGGUCCCCGGCCUCCUGCCUCGACAUGGUGACCGUCCUGCUGAGGAGGCUGGAGGAGGCCAACGCUGGGCUGGCCAGCCAGCAGAGGGGCCUUCAGAAAGAGAGCCAGAGCAAAUCGUUUGGCCUGAGGAAGAGGAUGGUCCUGGGGGAGCUGAGGAGGCUUCAGGAUGCUGUUGAAAAACAAGGCCUGAAAGAGCCAACCAUGCCCGCUGUGCAGCACAUGCUUCGUGGUCUGGUGGACUUAGAAGGACAGCUUCACACUCAACAGUCGGAGGUCCAGAGUCUCCGUGGACUGCAGGAGCAACAGGGUGGAGAAGAGAACCUCCUCCAGGAUCUGGAAGCUCAGUGGGAAGAGACUCAGAGAAUUUUCUUUGACAGGAAGAAGCUCUGCAAUGUUCUGCUGGAGCUGUUGAAGAAGUUUCAGACCUGCCGCAGUCACCUCAACACCAGCAUUCAGAAAGCUGAGCAGACCAUCGGUGAUCAGGCCUCCUACAUGGGCAAGGAUUACCUGCAGAGAAGUGUGUCAAAGGUUUGUGAAAUGAAGGAGGAGUUGGCUGGUCUUGCUGAGAAGAUGGAGGAGAUGAGGGCUGCUUGCAAACAACUUCAAUCAGAUCUGAAGAAAUUCCCAGAUUGCACCGAGACUCCCUUUGAGGCUGAGGCUGAAACUUUGAUGGACAACUGGCUCGAUGUAACUGAAAAGACGGAUGCCUAUUUGGAUAACCUCCGGGUGGGGCUGGAACUCUGGGAGAAGCAGCUGAUGUUAGGAGGAGAGGUGGACAGCUGGGCUGGAGCUAAACUUGCCUUGUUUGCUGAAGGAAAUCCCUUCAACAACGAACAACAAGUUCUUGCCUUUAGGGAUGAGAUUCACUCAAAUGAAGAGAAUAUCCAACAUUUUCACAAGAAGUCAACUGAAAUUCAGCAGAUGCUCCAGAGUCAGGAGGCUCCUUUGGAACUCCAGGUGAUGGAGACCCAGCUGAAGAAAAGAAUGGAGCAGGUGAAGGAACUGUUUACCGACUGCACAGAUGUUUUUGAGGAAAUCAUAGCUGUGAAAAAACAUCUGUCUGAGAAGAUAGAGGAGUGUCAGACGGCUGUGGAUAAUAUUCAGAAGAGUCUCAGCAGAACUAAUGCAAAAGCAGAAGCUCAGAUACAGGACCUCUGUGCCGACCUGAACUCACAGGAGGAGCAGGCUGAGGCCGUGCUGAAGGAGGUGGGCUUGGUGUCCAGUGUAGCCAGUCCACUGGUGCUGGAGGAGCUAUCUGCAGACUGCAGCAGGCUGACAGCGGCUAUUGCCCACACCAAACAGUUGAUCCACAUGAAGAGGGAGGAGAGGGACAAAGGCCUCGACAAGGUCAUCAACGAUGAAAGGGAACUAUUUGAGGAAUGGUUCCAGGAUUUACAGCUGUCUGUCAACGAGUGCUUUGAGAGCCCAGAGAGCAGAACAGAUGUGGAAACAUCCGUGCAAAGACUUACAGGUUUCCUCAAGUCAGAAGAUACAGAAAGACGUCUGAGCCGGCUAAGUGAUGAGCUGGAGAGAGCAAGGCAGCAGGUUCCUCCUCAGCAGCUAUCAGAGUUAAUGGACUGGCUGAAGGAGCAGCAAGAGGAGGUGGCUACAUUCAGGACCCACUGCCAGAACCGCCAACAGCAGAUGGAGUCUCUGCUGGAUGACUUGAAUGGCCUAGAGAAGCAGCAUGGAGAUCUGAGUGACUGGCUGCAGGACAAAGAGAAGCAAUCAGCUCUACCAGAGAACAGGAAGCUUCUCCUCAUAGAACUUCAGGAUCACAGUAGGAGUGCUGCAGCCCUCAGUGAGCUCCUGGCAUCCAUACGCAGGCAGGGUGUUAGAGCUGAAAACAUCCUGAAAGAUGGGGACAAUUUGUUACAGCGCUACCGGAACCUGGAGGCUCGGUUGCAGAAACAGGCUGCAGACCUCGACGUUCUGGAGGAGAAGUACAGCAGCUUUAAAGCUCAGGCAGAGAGCACCAGAACCUGGAUUACUGACCUCUCCCAGCCUCUGACCUCAGCAGGGUCCGACACAAGGACUGAAGAGAUGAAGCGCAGAUCUCAGGCUAUCCUAAGCUGCAGAGCUGAAGGAGAGUCUAAAAUGAAAGACCUGCUUGGAGAAAUGGAGAAGCUGUGUAAUCAGGAGGACCCCGAUGGAAGGAGGACACUGGAUAUUUGUCUGUUGGUCAGAGAGAUGCAGAAUCAGUGGAGAACAUCCCUCCAGACUGCAGAGGAGGCUCUCAGGAAGGCAGAGACACAAGCCAUGGUGGAAGAGCUGCUGGCUGCUUUCCAAACCCACAGUGAACGCUUUGAGGCCUGGAUCAAAGACCAGAGAGAUGUUCUAGAUUCUCACAUGGAAGCUGAAGAAACCCUCCAGAAAGCAGAGGCCAUCCUGAGCUCCAGGCCUCAGGGGGAGUCCAGGCUGCAGGAUCUGAAGCAGCAAUGCCAGAAGAUCUGUGAGAUCUUAGGCUCUGAUGACAACUGGAGGAAAGAGAUCUGUGAUGUUGUGGAAUGCAUGGAGGAGCAGUGGAGGAGUGUCCUGCAGGACGCUGAGGUGACUGAGAAGAAAGCGACAAGCCAAGCUGCCACUGAGAGGGAGCUGGAGGCUUUCAAACAUCUGGAUGAAAGCUUCCAGUCCUGGAUCAGAGAGCAGAGGCAGAAGCUGCUGGGGCUGGAUGCUCGCCUGCCCUUUGAGGAGCGCUGGCAGGCUGUGCAGGCAGUAAUGAGGUCCAGACCUGAAGGAGAGUCCAAGCUGCUUGAGCUGCAGGAGCAAUCAGCCAGUCUGUCUCAGCAGCUUGAGGAGAGCAGGCAGGCAGAGGUGGAGCAGCGGCUGAACGUUUGCAGACAGAUGUGGGACGGUCUGCUGCAGACCUGCAGACAAACAGAGCUCCGCAGUCUGCUGGACGACUUCGACCACCAGAGCAAAAACACCGAGUCCUGGAUUAAAGACAACCAGAACAGGCUGCAGUCAGUGGGCCAACACUGCCCCCCUGAGGAGAGACACCAGCGGGCACAGGCCAUCUUGAGCUCCAGGCCUGAUGGUGACUUCAAAGUGAACAACCUGAGGAGGCGGGGUCAAACUCUUUGUGAUCACCAGGAUGCAGAGGAAGGACGGAAGGUAGAGGUUCACCAGACGGUCAAAGAAAUGGAGAAGCAGUGGAGGAUGGUCCUCCAAGCUGCCCAGCAGGUGGAAGCAGCAGCAGCAGCUGAGAUAGCUCAGCAGACUGAAAGGAGACAGAUGGAUUUGAGAGAAUUGGAAACCCAGCAACAGGACACUGACUGCUGGCUGGAAUGUCUGCGUCAGCAGCUGGGCAUCCUGAGAGGGAAAAGCGACGCUGAGGAAAGACUUCUUGCCGCCCAGACCAUCAUGAGUUCCAAGGCUGAAGGUGAUUCCAGGCUGAAGAACCUCAGCAGAUGUCAGAGGGUUUGUUCUCCGGAUCUUGAUGAGCAGAGAAAGAAAGACAUCCUGCAAAGAAUACGAAACUCUGAGGAUCUCUGGGCGAAGCUGCUAGAAGCUGCUCAACAAGUAGUGAGGGAAGCUGAAAGGCAGCAUGCUCUGGAUCUCCAACUCAGCAGCUUUGAUGCCCUGAAGGAAAGCUCCAGCAGCUGGCUGGAGGACAAGCAGCAGAUCCUGACCACUCUGGAUUAUGAGACUGAUCCAGAACAAGCCAUAAAAACAGCACAGAACAUCCUGAGUCUGAAGCCUGAAGGAGACUCCAAACUGACUGAACUGAGAAGAAAGAGUCAGACUUUGUCUGAGCAGAAAGAUGUUUCAGAGCGCGCACGGCUGGAGGCCCAGAAAGCAGCAGAAGCUUUAGAGGAGCUCUGGAAGGCCGUCCUGCAGACAGCUGAGGACACCCAGCUGAAAGCUGAGCGCCGCUACCUGCUGUCCAGAGAGAUGAAGGCCUUCAAGAACCAUGCUGGCAGCACUAAGAGCUGGACUGAAGGGCUGCAGGAACAAGCUGAUUCUCUGAACGACUGUAUGCAGGGCAGUCAGGCCCAGCUGGAGGAAAGGCUGAACACUGCACAGGCCAUCCUGAGCUUCAAGUCAGCAGGUGAAAGUCAAGUGAUGGAGCUGAAGAGACGAGCGCAGGCUCUCUGUGAGCACACAGACAUGGAGGAAGACGGGAAGCUGGAGGUUCAGCUGAUGGUCCAGGAUGUGGAGACACGAUGGGGGACCGUUCUGCAGGUCGCUGAGGAGACUCGGAGCCAGUUGCAGGCUGUUAUGGAGAAACUGCUAUCUUGCAAGUAUGAGAAAGACCAUGCUGAGGCCCGUCUGGUAGAGAUCCAGAAGCAAACAUCCAACCUUCCUCAAGUAUUCCCCUGGCCAGGCCUGGGAGAGCGAAGGCAGGCCGUGGACCAGGCCAGGAACCUCCUAGACCAGAGCACAACCUUGGUCCCUGUGCUGUCAGCUGUCCGCUCACAGGCUGAGGAGCUGUUUGAAAUGACAAAGGACCAAAGUUGGACCGAUCCUUCUUGGACAGUCUGGGAGGAGGCCAUUCCUGCUCUACUGACACAGCUGACCGAUUUGGUGACAAACUUGGAAGAGGGAAUUGAAAAGGAGCGACAAUGUGCAUUGCUCAUUGAGCAGCAUGAAGCAGCCCAGGACUGGCUGAGGGAGCAGGUCAAAGGCUUGGGACCCCCACCUGCAGACAGACAUGGGCUCCACAACGCUGUCAACACCCUGAAGGCUUUGCUGCAGACAGUGGACAGGGAGCAGAGGGAGAUGAUAGAGCUGGAUUCUGCCAAAGACUCUUUGCUGAUUCUCUGUACUCCUGGAGGUCAAGAUGCCCUCACACUUGAGGUCAGCCACCUCCAUGAGCUGUGCUCCACCUCAGAGCAGGAAGUAAGUGAGCGACUGCAGACCUGCAAAGGCCGGUUAGAGGAGAUGGACCGUGAGUUGGCCCGGGUGUCCCAGGAGCUGAAGGAGAGAGCAGCUGCGCUUCAAUGGGAGCUCCGCUCUCUGGACCAGGCGUUUAGCUACAGCGAGCCGCAGAACAACAUGGCUCAGCUUCAGCAGCAUUGGCAGAGUCUGCAGAACUGUGAGGACUCAUUGCAGGACUUGGGGGUCAAAGUUCAUGAUCUGUACCAAGAAGUAAAAUCAGCAACCUUUACCAAUGAGCUUCCUUCAGAAGUUAUCAGUUUGGUUGCUUCUUUAUGCCAGCAACAUGCCAGUCUGGAAUGUAGGCUCAGUGACCACCAGGGGGCGUGCUCUACCAACACAGCUCAUUAUCUGAAGGACUGUAUCUCUGCCAUGCAGCGCUGGAGCCACAGCGACCUUUCAGGCUCAGCUUCUGCUCUGCAGGUUAUUUUAGAAGAAAGUGAGAAGCUGCAAAACAAUCUGCAAGAAGCUCUUUCUCAUGAACAGUUUCUUACAUCCUGCCUGACAGCAGAUUUGUUUGAGAAAUUUAAGAAAGAGUGCUUAGAGACCCUCGGGAAAGUAGAAGUACACAAGGCCUUGCUAAGUCACAGAUUGAAGGACAUUGAGCAGAAAGACAAACAGCUGCCUGAUGAUUCCACCUCAGAUGUUAAACUGUUGGACAACAAAACUGCUGUUGUGGCGCCACCGCGUAAGAAUAAGCGUCCCCAUGAGAAGCAAAGUGUAGCAGAUAAAUCCACAUCUUCUCGGGAAGAACUGUCAGUUGAGGAAACACAGAUAAAAGUGCAAACAUGUGACGUCUUAAAACAUCCUACCUGUGAAGAACCUUCACCACUACCACCAAGAAGAAAAUCAAAGAGUUUUGGAAAAGAAUCGGGUCCUAAAAAGAUGGACUCUGAAGUGAAGAAAGCCAUAGCAAUCCACAGCACUGAUGACACAUGUAGAGAGCCACAGGCCAAGAUAGAAGAAAUCAGUAGUGAGGCCAGAAAUCGAGCAGUACCCUCAGAGACAAAUGAUGCUGAAUCGGAACCAGAUCAGGAAUGUCUGAAGAAUGCUCCAUCUGUUGUGGAGGCAGAUGUAGGUGCUGUUCAUGAUUCACAGUUUGUUCAGGACCACAAUGAUCCGUCUCUUAUGGGACAACAAGAAGUUUUGCCUCCGAGACGGAAAUCAAAGAGUCCAAAAUUUACCCCCAAAAAUCUGAACCAACAAACUGAGACCAGUAAUGGAGAAGACUCCAAACUAGUACCAGUCAGAAGAAAGUCAAAGUCUGCCAUGCCACCCGUAACUUCUAUACCAACUGCUAUUGUUGGCAGUAGAACAGUGUCUGAACCUGAAGAUAAUAAGAUCACACCUGUCAGCUCGGAAUCUUCAGACAUCCACAUUGAAACAGAAACAAGAACAACCACCAAUGCAGAGAUAGAUAAACCUCCAACCAAUGGAAAAUCAAAAAACAAACUAUCGGAAAUAACUGAUAAAAAACAACCUAAGGCUGGUGUUACCAAUCCACUACUUAGUUCUGAAGAGCAGCAACUUAAUGUUGUUGGAAGUGCUGCAGUUAUACCAAGUGGACAAAUUUCAAAGAGCAUUGAAGAUUCUGCAGCCCCUGAGCCGGUUUACUCUGCCAGUAGAAUCCCAGGCGUGCACCCUAAGGGGACCCAACAUGAAGCCCUGAGGUGCUCUGCCACAGAAACCUUUACAGUACAACAGAAAAGUAAUGUUCUGCCACCCAAGAGAAAGUCAAAGAAAACAGAACCUUUUCUUGUACCUCCUCCUAAGACCGGGGAUGAGCCUGAAGGUGGUAAACCUCCAGAGUUUUCAACUUCAGAUGAGCACAAAGGAUUAAUUGAACCUUUCCAGAUGGAAAAAGGAAAGACUUCACCAGCCACAAGGACCUCAGGAAUCCUGGAACCAUUGCAAGACCCCCGCGCUUCAGAUGGAACAGAGAUUGCAAUUUUAACAGAAACAGUUAAGAGAGAAUUUCCAAGUAGUGACCUUUCAGCAGCCGUCCAGUCUGUGACCCUUCUGGAGUCUUGUGAAACAAAGGAAGUACCUGAAAGUGUAGGAACUUCUGAUCAGGAAGAGCAUGGGCUCUCCCCAACCACAAGGUCAAAUAUUCCUGAAAACCUUAACAAGGAAGAAACAGUGGGCAUGCAAAAUGUUCAGAUAACAAAAGGUGAAGAUGUCUUACAAACCCAGUUAGCAGGUUCUGACAGUCUGCUUCUUCUAGGCCGACAGUUGGUCACACCAUCAACUGAAACAAACUUCUCACUUUUGCCUGAGACCACAGAGAAAUCCAAAUCUCCAAGUUUCAAAGAGCAGGUAGCCAUUGUUGAUGCAAACAAGGCUGACAUUACAUCAACUAUACUUACAGAAUAUGAUAAUCGGGAAACUCAAAGUGAAGAGCCAGUUUUAGUGGAAGAAGGACAGGCUGAAAUAUUAGCAAGCGUGUCCAUUAAAUCUUUAGCAAACAACGAAAAGUCAAAGAAUGGGAAGCUUUCUGUUGAAAACCUGAAUAAUGAUACAAUUCCAACAAAUGUUGAGUGUAAUAAUAAAAGCUCAAUCCAACCUUCCACUGAGCAAACAGAUUUUAUGUUGGUAAUAACUGACCCUGGUCAAACAAGGGAAGACCCUAAAAGAGCUGAGCCCUCAGCAGUUCUGGAGUCACAAUAUAAUCCUGAAACAAACGCCGAUAUAGUCACUAAUGAAGCUAAAAUAGAGCAUGACGGUGCUAAACCAACCACAGCUAUGAUGUUCCUUACAACCAAGACAGAAAAGGAUGGCGUGGACAGUAAAACUACUACAGAAGAUCUAAACUCAGAAAAUGAAGAUGUUUUCCAAGACCAGAAUCAACAAGAAAUUCCUACAGUUGUGCCUCAAAACCUGGAGGAAGAAUCUUCAGCCUUCUCAGUAGUACCCUACAAAACUUGCAAACCACGAUUACAGAUUUUAGAGAAGACCGUGACAGAUGCUUCACGGCAAACAGAUGCCCAAUGUUCAGAAGGAGACUUGGACAGCGCUUCCAGAGAGCAGUUCUCUACUCCCUCUGACUCUACAGGUGGUUCUACGGCCGCACAGUUACAGCUUAUGGAUGAAUGGUCUGGUGGUUUGCAGGCAAAUGAAACAGAAAAGGAGCCUAAUACAGCGAGAGGCUCUUACACCCAACAACCAGAUGCACCAACAACCAAUCAGGUGAAAUGUGACUUAUUCAUAACACCAGCAAGUCCCCUAGUUGCCCGAGUCCCUCCGAAAAAAGAGGAACUAAUGGACAUGAAAGCAUCAGAGAGUCAGAUAACAGAAGAGGCUCCUGGGGUCAUUGACUUUAGAGAACAACAAGAACUUCCAGCUUCAGUGAUAAAUGAACAAAGUCCAGACUCAUCAAUAAAUCUAAAGAAAUGUGAUGAAACUGAACCACCAAGUCAAUGUGGAGAAGCAACAUUUGCAGCACAGGAGGACCAAGUGCAACGGGCUACAGAAAAGGACAAAGUAGAACCUAUUACUGCUGUAGUGGAACUAGAACCUUAUAUGUCAACCAAACAAGAGAUAGAAAGUCCUGAGGACUUGGAUGGAAUUAAGGCAUCCAUCGCUAGCCAAGUAAUCACUGCAAAGACAGAGCAUGACGAUGCAGACAAUCAAUCUGUUAUAGAACAAUUCAGUGAACUAGGCAAGAAAAAUGAAAUCCAAAUAUUUGAAGAUCAGGCUCUAGAAACCAAUAAAGUUGCCACAAUCAUUCUUGAUAUAAGUGAAGCAUCUAUGGAUGAAUCAGAUUCUCUCUCCUAUAAUGUGGAAACUUCUGCCUUAGGCUCAGAUGCUAAAAAGCCUGAGGCAGAUAUUUCAGUGGAUGCUGCUACCAAGGAGCAGCUUUCUACCUCGUCUGACUCCAUUGAUGGAUACAAACCUUUUCACCCAGAGGCCAUGGUUGACUGGACCAGUGGUCUGGAGAUGAAGGAAACAGGAAAGGAGACAGACACAGCCGGGGACUCUUUAACUCAACAAUCAAGUGAAUCAACUACCGAUCAGGAGAAUAAUAGCAGAUUUACUGCAACAACACCAACAAGUCCCAUAGUUGCCCCAGUAUCUCCUGACAAGGUGAUAAUACUGGACCUUCAAGCAACAGACAGUCAGUUAGCAGAAAAUAAAGUUGAGUUGAUAGAAUUUGAAAAGCAACCAGGACUUACAACUUCAGUAAAAAAUGACCCUUUUCAAGACACGUUUGACUCAAAGCAUCGGAGGAAAUAUGAUGAAAUUGAAACAUCAAGUAAAAGUGGAGAAGCAACUCUUUCAGAAAAGGACAAAGUAGAACCUGGUACCUCUGUAGUGGAACUAGAACCUUAUAUGUCAACCAAACAAGAGAUAGAAAGUCCUGAGGACUUGGAUGGAAUUAAGGCAUCCAUCACUAGCCAAGUAAUCACUGCAAAGACAGAGCAUGACGAUGCAGACAAUCAAUCUGUUAUAGAACAAUUCAGUGAACUAGGCAAGAAAAAUGAAAUCCAAAUAUUUGAAGAUCAGGCUAUAGAAACCAAUAAAGUUGCCACAAUCAUUCUUGAUAUAAGUGAAGCAUCUAUGGAUGAAUCAGAUUCUGUCUCCUAUAAUGUGGAAACAUCUGCCUUAGGCUCUGAUGCUAAAAAGCCUGAGGCAGAUAUUUCAGUGGAUGCUGCUACCAAGGAGCAGCUUUCUACCUCCUCUGACUCCAUUGAUGAUUCCAAACCUUUGCACCCAGAGGCCAUGGUUGACCGGACCAGUGGUCUGGAGAUGAAGGAAACAGGAAAGGAGACGGACACAGCCGGGGACUCUUUAACUCAACAAUCAGGUGACUCAACUACUGAUCAGGAGAAUAAUAGCAGAUUUACUGCAACAACACCAACAAGUUCCAUAGUUGCCCCAGUAUCUCCUGACAAGGAGGAAUUACUGGACCUUAAAGUAUCAGACAGUCAGUCAGCAGAAAAUAAAGUUGAGUUGAUAGAUUUUGGAGAGCAACCAGGAAUUACAACUUCAGGGAAAAUUGAACCUAUUCAAGACUCAUUUGACUCAAACAACCACGGGAAAUGUGAAGAAAUUGAAACAUCAAGUCAAAGUGGAGAAGCAGCUCUCUCAGUAAAGGAGGACAAAGAAGAACCUGGUACUGCUGUAGUGGAACUAGAACCUUAUAUGUCAACCAAACAAGAGAUAGAAAGUCCUGAGGACUUGGAUGGAAAUAAGGCAUCCAUCGCUAGCCAAGUAAUCACUGCAAAGACAGAGCAUGACGAUGCAGACAAUCAAUCUGUUAUAGAACAAUUUAGUGAACAAGGCAAGAAAAAUGAAAUCCAAAUACUUGAAGAUCAGGCUCUAGAAACCAAUAAAGUUGCCACAAUCAUUCUUGGUAUAAGUGAAGCAUCUAUGGAUGAAUCAGAUUCUCUCUCCUAUAAAGUGGAAACUUCUGCCUUAGGCUCUGAUGCUAAAGAGCUAGAGGCAGAUAUUUCAGUCAGUUCUGUAAUGACUAAUCUAGAGUCUGAGAAUGGACCAAGAGAGUCUUCAGAACAAAUGGUUACCCAGGAUCCAAGAAGAGACGUGGAUGCUGCUACCAAGGAGCAGCUUUCUACCUCCUCUGACUCCAUUGAUGGUUCCAAACCUUUGCACCCAGAGGCCAUGGUUGACUGGACCAGUGGUCUGGAGAUGAAGGAAACAGGAAAGGAGACGGACACAGCAGGAGCCCCUUUAACUCAACAAUCAGGUGAAUCAACUAAUGAUCAGGAGAAGUUUAACAAAUUUACAGCAACAACAACAACGAGUUCAAUAGUUGCCCCAGUAUCUCCUGACAAGGAAGAAAUAGUGGACCUUCAAGCAUCAGAAAGUCAGAUAGGAGAACAUAUUGAAUUUAGAGAGCAACUAGGACUUAUAAUUUCAGUAAAAACUCAACCUGACUCAAACAACCAUGAGAAAUGUGAUGAAAUUGAAACAUCAAGUCAAAGUGGAGAAGCAGCUCUUUCAGUAAAGGAGGACAAAGAAGAACCUGGUACUACUGUAGUGGAACUAGAACCUUAUAUGUCAACCAAACAAGAGUCAGAAAGUCCUGAGAUCCUAUCAAGCUUUCAUGCUAAAGAGCUUGAGGCAGAUAGUUCAGUCAGCUCUGUAAUGACAUGUCAAGCGUCUGAGUUUGUAACAAGAGAGUCUCCAGAACAAACAGUUGUUCAGUGUUCAGAAAGAGACAUGGAUGCUGCUACCAAGGAGCAGCUUUCUACUCCCUCUGACUCCAUUGAUAGUUCCAAAUCUUUGCACCCAGAGACAAUGCUUGAAUGGACCAGUGAUCUGCAGAUGAAAGUAACAGAAGAACUACCAACAAAUAUUGACAUGUCAGAUAAUAAUUCUGUUGUAGAACAAUUCCGUGAACUGGGUGAAAAUAGUGGACAAAAAAUCGUUGAGGAUCAGGCUCUAGAAACCAAUAAAGUUGCCACAAUCAUUCUUGAUAUAAGUGAAGCAUCUAUAGAUGAAUCAGAUUCUCGCUCCUAUAAUGUCAAAAAAUGUACCUUAGGCUCAGAUGCUAAAGAGUUUCAGGAAGAUAUUUCAGUCAGUUCUGUGAUGCUGUAUCAGGAAUUUGAGGUUGGACCAAGAGAGUCUCCAGAACAAACAGUUGUUCAGUGUUCAGGAAGAGACGUGUAUGCUGCUAUCAAGGAGCAGCUUUCUUCUCCCUCUGAAUACAUUGAUGAUUCCAAACCUUUGCACCCAGAGGUCAUGGUUGACUCGACCAGUGGUCUGGAGACGAAGGAAACAGGAAAGGAGCCGGACACAGCAGGGGCCUCUUUAACUCAACAAUCAGGAAAAUCAACUACUAAUCAGGACAAUUAUAACUUCUUUUCAGCAACAGAAUCAACAAGUCCAGUAGUUCCGCCAGUACCUUCUGACAAGGAGAAAACAUCAGACCUUAAAGCAUCAGAUAGUCAGAUAGCAGAAGAUUAUGGUGAGGAGCAGCCGGGACUUACCACCAUUCCAUACAUGGAGUCUGAGAAUACACCCAAAGACUCUCCACAACAAACAAUUCCUCUGUGUCCAGAAAGACCACCAGAUCCAGCUUCCAAAGUUCAGUCCCCCACUGAUUAUACAGCUGCUCCCAAUUUAAAGGAUUACAUCGAGAAUUUAUGGAGAAACACAGAAGAAACGAAGAAGAGAUAUUUGAUUCUUGAUUUUCCUGGUAUGGCAGUCAGUCAGACAUGUGAGCUAGAGCUAAAGCAGCUGGAAAAAGAUGCUGAGGGCAACAGUCAUUCCAAUGGGGUUCAUUCUGCUGAGCGUACUCUUGCUUUUUCUUUAGAGGGAAAGGCAGAACUAAAAGAAAUAAUCCCCACUGAGGAGGAAAAUGUAAAACUAAACCACACCAUAAGUGAGCAAAAUGAGUGUGAGCAGGAAAUAUCACAGGGAAGAACUACAGAACAUCAGGAAAGUGGUGCACAUCAAGAGAUCAGUGAAGCAAGAUCUGCUCAAAACGAAUCUGUCUGUAUUCUACACCUGGACAUCACCACCAGUCCUAAGGUCAUCGACAACAUGUGUGUCACAGUAGAUAAGCCCACUAAGGAGUCUGCUGAAUCAAAUGGACAGGGAGGUAUUGAUAAAAACACUUCAGCUGAGGCCAAGCCUUUUGUGUGUGAAGAGGUUUUGGAAAACUUCACAGAAUUUAUUGAAAUAAGCUUAAUUGAGCAAGACCAAAAUCAUCCGAUUGAGGCCAACCUGGAAAACACGCAAAGUAUUCCAGAUGAACAUCCCGCUCUUCUGACAUCUCUGGUUGAUUCAGAAUCUGGCAACUUGGAAAAUUCUCAAUUGCUGAGUGAAGUUCGUGUUCUACAGCUAGAGAUACAGACUGGUCCAGAAGACAGUGAAGCCACCUUCAACCAAGAAAGAAUAGAGACACUCAUAGAUGUUACUGAAACACCUACCCAGGAUGAAGACAUUUUAGUUAUCCCACAGGAAACUGCCACUGAGACUAGCGUUACCGAAAAUAUAGGUGAUGUUUCACAAGGUGAUUUUGUGAAACGCAGUUCUUCUGUUUAUGAGUCAAUAAAACCACAUGAGACCAGAGUCAUUGAAAUAAGCUUGACUGAUAAGGACAUACAUUCAAGCAAAAGUGAGACAACAAUAGAACUUUGCACAAUAGAACAACAAAGACCUGGGCUUACAGAAAAGACAACACCAGAAAGUUUUAAUGGAAACUCAGAGGAGGGGGAAAUGACUUGCAUGGAAUCUAAAGAACAAGUAACUUCCAAAACCAGUGAAGAGGAGCAUGAGAAAAUUUUAGAUGUGCCAAUAAUAGAUAAAACAAGAUGGAAAUCACAACCAACCUGUUCCACAUGGAAAGAGAAUGUGCCUCAGAGUGACUCCUCUCAACAUAGCUCUGCACCGUUCCAGUCAAGUGAUGCCGACAUGGCACUGGAGGAAAAAAUGGUCAUGGAGAAAGAUUUCCUUAGACCACAAGAAGGGAUUACUCAAGACCUUUCAAAAACUAUACAAGACAGACCCGGAGACCUCCCUCUAAGUCCCAAAGGCACAGAGUUGCUGAUUUCAAACCCAGACACUCAGAUGCCAAAAGAUACCUCAUCCGUUAUAAUAACAGACAUGCCAAACACUAAUCCAAAUGACACAAGUAUUCAGAGCACAAAAGAGAUAGAAAAAGAAGAUCUGCAUUCUUACGAUAUUGACCAUGAAGAGUUGACAGUGGUAGAAACAGAUGCAGCACAGCAGGGUCAGCAAAGAUCAGCUGAAACUGUGAGAUCUGAAAACAAUAGGAAGGAAGAAAGGCAUGAUGAUGCUCAUCCAGAGUCUCUCAAAGGUGCAUCGUCUGGAGAAGUUCAGGAUCACCGUAUUACAGAGCAGCCCUCUACAUCAUUCAUACAGGAGACAGAGACUUUUUCUGGGACGCUUGCUGAAAACAGAGAAAUCCUUUUCAGUAAGUUUGAAGUUCAAACUGUAGAAAUUCAAAAGUAUCCAGAGAUGGAGCCAAAUAUAAAGUCUGUGAAGGUCUGUGGAGAUAAAGUGCUUAAAGAAGCUGCUAGAGAAACCUCUACCUCGUUGGAGUCUGAACACAGUUUGGUCCUUAAGGUCAAAGAGGAUGAAAAGUCAACAGAUGAAGGAGAAGAAAUGAAUCAAGAAGUUGAGAGAGAGCCUGAAGAAAGAUAUGUCAGUCUCGAGGUUCCACUCCAAACUACUGAUGAUGAAGUAGAACCUCUGGAUGAGAAGUCAAAGGAAGAAGAAACCCAAACAUCUGAGAAACCUUAUCUGAAGGAACCUGAGAGGACCAUUGUAGACAACAUCUUCUCAGAAAUGCAACGACUCAGUGGGACAGAAAUCAUCCCGCAACUCAGCAAGGAUGAAUUGCAGAAGAAUGUCCCAGAAGAACUGAACACCUCCGCCAGAGAUCUGGGUCUUCAGCUCAGCAGACUCGCCUCCAAUGUCCUUCACAUUAAAAACAGUCCCACUGAUCUUAGCCUGGAGGCCAUGCAGCAGCAGGUGGAGGAGCUCCAGAAAGGAUUAGAGCUGUCCAAGCUUCAGAGUUCACUACUGCCACAGCUGGGAGAAGCAGACGCCAUUAGAGGGGAUGUUCUGGAGGACCUAGAGUACCAGUGGGCUACUGUGGCAGAAGAAGCAGCUGCUGCUAUCCAGAUUAAAGAGGCUCAGUUGCAGCUUGUGGCUGAUUACUGCAGGCAGAGGGCAACAGCAAAAAUGAUGCUGAAUGGACUUAAUGCAGAAAUCGUUACCAUUAAAAUGUCCCCAGAAGACAGCAGUCAGAAGCAGGCAGAGCGAAUAUGCUGCUUCCAGAGAAGGAUGGAGGAGAACAGAGUGAUGCUCGGGGAGUUGCUGAUAAAACUGGCAGAGAUUUGUCUCCACCUCAGUCCAACGCAUCAAGAAAGUGUUCAGAUUGAGAAAAACAACCUGCUGGAAACAUGGAAGUCUCUAGAAAGGACGGUGGAGAGCAGUCUUUAUCAUGCAAACGUCUAUUCUCAACACAUCAACACUCUUCUAGCAGAUCUGAAUGGUUUGCUGGAGCGCGUCGAUCCAAUCUGCAAAGACCUUCAAGUCAAAAGUUCUUCAGUUAGUCUGUGGAGUUGCAAGGAAGCCCAACACCUGAUGGAGGCGAAUGCUGAGAUUAAAGCAGCCAAGCAGCAAUACCUUCAUUUACAGCGAAUGUCAGAGGAGUUAGUUCACAACUCUCAGUGGGGUCAGGAUUCAGAGGAGGUAACCAACAAGCUCCAGGAGGUGCAAAACAAGCUGUGCCUCACAGAGGAGCUGCUAUCCUCUCAGACAAAGAACAGCAGCAGCCCUGUUAUGGAGAAAAUGGUUGCUGUGAUGACACAUGGCCUGGCAUGGGCCAAGCAGACAGAGAGGGACAUUGAGGGUCGGAGGAGGUGGGUGCCAUUACUUCCUGAAGAGGUUCACCGGCAGCUCAACGACCUAAAGAAGCUUCAGUCUGAAGUGACGGCCAAACAAGGCCAGCUGGAGCUGCUGGUGGAGGAAGUGACUGAACUGCUUCCUCAGCUUGACCAGGCUCAGGAGGUGCCAUUUGUACAGACUUCUCUUACAGGCCUUGAAGAGCUUUCAAAGUCCACCACCGCCAAGCUGUCCAAAGCUAUCAAGGAGGUGGAGUCUGGACUCCAGAUCAGAGAGAAGCUCUCUGAGCAGAUGGCUGAGUUGGACUCCUGGGUUGGGUCUUACCUGCAAUCAGAGGUCUCCAGGAGCACAAAGAGAGAAGCUAUUGGCCACAGUGAUAUGGAUCAGGAAGUUCUCCAGGUCCAAGAAGGCCUGGCUGAGGCGGAAAGGCAGGCAGCCAUCUGUGAGGCUCUGCUCAUGACCAGCAAAGACAUUGCAGUGGAACUCAGUGCGAUGGAGAACUUCCAGCUUUUUGACAAGAUCUGGAGGCUUCAGGAAGAUGUCAGAACCAUCAUCAGCCAUGAGAAGAACCAGAAAGAGCAGCUGGAUCAUCUCCUCAUGGCUGCAGAGUUAAGAAGGAACUCUUUAGACAGUAUUGAUAAAAGUCUGAGGCAGAUGUUAGCCGAGAUGAGCGGACUGAAGUUUCCCAUCACCAAAGAACCCCUGAAACUCUUAAAGCCUCUAAAACUCAAGCUUUCAGAACACAAGUCCCAGGUGGACCUCCUGAUCCCGUGGACUCCUCCAGAGAAGCUCAAGGAAACAAACGACGCAUUUUCUCAAGUUCAGAGUAAAAUAGCAUCAUUAGAAAUUAAAUCCAAGGACCAUGAGAAUUACCUGAACAUGAAGCAGCGUUUGGAGACGGUGAAGGAGGACAUCCAGCAGCAGGUUCUCCUGACCAGCGAUGACAGCAGGGAGUUGAUGGACCGCUACAGAAGGUGCCUCAGCCUCUUCCUCCAGUUUCCUCAAAUGAAAGGACUGUGUGAGGAGGCCCGCUCCAACCUUGACUUGAUCUCUGCAGACCUGUAUCCCUCACAGCUGGUUGCUGAGCAACAGACCAUUAGACAAACCGAGGAAGUCCUGGACGCCUUGGAGAUCACUCUCAGCAACAAUCUGGAUCUCAUUGAACUAGAUGCGCUCAAAGGACUGGACCUUGAAUCAGUGAGGACCUCCACUCAGUACUUCCUCUGGAGGAUCCUCAAAGAGCUUCAGGCCCCUCCUACGUUGGAGCCCAGCCAGGUGACGGUGGACAAGGAAUACUGGAGACUCCUGUCUCUGAAAAAGGCCGCAGAGCUGCAGAUGAGGGCGCUGCAGGUCCUGGAGCAAAAAGACGGUGGCGACCAGAGGAAGCAGGAACUGAUGGACUUAAAGAAUUCCGUCUUAAAAGAAUGGAACUCCAAAAUGGAGGAAGUUGUGAAAACCAGAGAGAGCUGGAGGAGCUACACCCUGACAGUGAAUAGAGCAGCUCAGUUCCUGCAUGACAUGGAGGUGUCUCUGCUGCCUCUGCACGGUUCUACCGGGCCGUGUUAUGAAUCCCAGGAGGAGACCCAGGAGGCUUUGACCUCCCUGCAGAAUCAGUUUCAGAGCCACAUUGAGAAGCUUCAGGAGCAGGAGGUGGUGCAGACCUGUCUGUCUCCACAGAAGCUGGAGCAGCUCCAGGAAACGAUCCUCAGCCAGCUUCUGGUUCGGAUGUCCACACUGCUGGCAAAAGGACACAUUAGACUGGAAAAUCUCUCCAGGUGUGCAGAGCAGUACAGCAGCUACAGAAGGUCAGAAGAUGAAACCAUGGAGCUUGUUUCCCAGGUAACAGAGAGACUCCUCCAGCAGAUGUACCAGAAGGUCACCUGUCUGUCUGACUGCACUGACCAGGUGGAAACACUCACAGCGCUGUGUGACGAGAUGGAGUCCAUCCUGAGGCGUCUGGAGAACAUGACAGAGUGGUGCUCAGAAACGAGCUGUCGAGGAGGCCGGGAAGCUAAGAUGGCCGCUGUCUGGAGAUGGAUGUCCAGAUUACAUAGCGGCAUGCAGAAGCUGACAGCUCGCAGUAAAGGACGAGUCACAGAGUGGAUGGACGUCACUAACAACGUGGAAAAAGCCUCAGCUGUGUUGGAGAAGGUGGAGGCAGAGCUUCCUUGUGCCUCUGAGAUGGAGGCCUCCACCGAGGAGCUCCAGGAGCUGCUGCAGUCCUGGGAACAGUUCCAGGAAAGGCUGGACUAUGAACACAGAGCCCUGUCUGCUCUGGAGCUGCGUGCAGCCAGGCUGCUGGGAGUCCCCGCCCACUUGGAGCAGGCUCCUCCCAUUCCCCUCUGUCAGCACCUUCAGCUGAUGCAGAGGCGAUACAGCAGGGCGGGGCAGAAGAGCAAAGAGGGUUUACUGGGUACCAGACGGGAGCUGGAGGAGAGGGAAAAGCUCAGAGAAGAUCUGCAGCUUCUCCGUGUUUGGCUGGACACUGCAGAGACUCGGCUGUCAGAGAUGGAAGAGGGCAGCGGCUCACAGCAGCUUCAGGAGUUGUAUAGAGAAAUGUCUGCCCACAAGGCCAUCCUACAGCACAUUACGGACAGUAUUAGGACAAAGUAUGCUCUGGUUCCCACUGAGAUUGACGGUCAACUGCAGGAAAUCACGAAGUCGCUGCAUCAAGUGGACACAAAGGUAGCAGAGGCUGUGGAGAGGAGUGGUCCUGUUCAAAGACUGGGGACCAAGCUGUCUGAUGUCCUGGCUGGCCUGACAUCCGUUCAGGACAGAAUGAAGGACAGGAGCCCCACUGUGGUUGAAGCAAAGGUGAAACAGAAGCGUGUUUGGGAUGAGCUGGAUGUUUGGCACUCCAGACUGGCAGCACUAGAAGUGGAGAUGCAGGAUUUGGAGACGCCACAGGAGAUGCUGGUCCUCACAGAGAAACUGGUGGAGGUCCAGCAGCUUCACUCCCAGGUAGCCAAACAGGCGGAGCAGAGGACAACUCUACUCAGCAAGAUACAGACGUGGCUUCGGGAGCACCAAGAAAUGAUCAACAGCUCAAAGACCUGGAUAAUUGAGGCUCAGUCGUGGCUUGCCGCUCCCUGCACCUACACCACGGCUAAAUGUCUCAGCAGCCAUGUUCACGCUCUGCAGAUUGUGCUGGGUGAUUCGUCCCAGAUCCGAUCCACGCUGCAGGGCUUCAGCUCCGUCCUGAAGGAGAUGUCCCAGGUCUGUGAUGUCACCGCUCUCCAGGACCAGCUGCUGGAAGCAGACCACCGAGUGGCUGAAGUUCAGGACAGCUUCACAGCUCCUCUGUCUCAGCUGGAGCACGCCGCCGCUGAGGUGGAGGCCAUAGAAGAUGAAGUACGGCGGAUGGAUGGCGAUGUUGCUGAGAUCAAGGUGCUGCUCUCAUCUCCAGAGACGUUUCCCAGCCCCAGGGAGGAUAACCUGAAAAUGAUCGAGCAGAGGAUCCAGUCAAUGAGAAGAACAGUAGCUGAGAUCCAGAAGUGCAAACCAGGCCUUUGUCUCCCUGAGAAGGCGGAGGAGACGCUGACUGUCUUCAGUGUGGUGGAGCAGCUCCAGACGCUGCUCCUGGACCUGGAGAAGAAGGUGCCGGCCCUGUUCCUCCAGCAGCCUCCCAGUCAGGCCAAAGAGACACAAAAACUCCACCCACCCACAUCUGAGAAGGAGGAGCAGGGCCAGAUUACAGUGGUUCAUUUUGAGGAGGACAUCCUGAGCAGAUCUGGAGGAACUCUGCAGACUGUGAAGCAGGCUUCUCCUGAAGAGAGACGGUCCAGGAGCCCCGACAGCAUUCCGCAGCAUCAUCAUGGUGAGCUCCCGGCUGAAGAAGCUGGCCGUGAGGAGCAGAGCGCGGCAGAUGAUGGAGGAGGUGUUUUUUGGUGGCUCUGGGAAUCUUUCCUGGGGUUCUCACCUGAGGUUGCUGCCUCUGAGGGGAGCGGAGCCAUGACUGAACGAGACGCUGAUCUAACUGCAGAGCCUGGAAAGGAUGUUGAAAUCUCCACUGGCUCCACAGAAGCAAGUUCAUCUGCAGCUUUGUCCAAACCUCUGGGUACAGUCCGGACCCAGUCAGUGUCUGAGAGCGUGGUCGACACAUCCUCCACCGUCAACAUCUCCAGGACAGACUCCAGGGCCCAGCAGAGAUGUGUGGAGGAGGAGGACAGAGCUCAGAAGAAGUGGGACGGCCUUCACAGUCGGCUGUUUGCUUUGGAGGAGAGCUGCCUGCUUCCUCCAUCUAAGCUCUUAAUCCUCUCAUGGGUCAGGCAGAAGAGGAGAGGAGCGAACAAGGAAGAGGAACGCUUUGAGCAGAGGACAGACUGGGAGUGGGACAGAGUCCCUAACACUUUGGUCUGCUGCUCUGUGUGUUAUGGUAUGCAGGAGAACAAGGACUCCCUGGAGGACUGGGCUGAGAGCCUGACAGAGUUGAGCACCAUGAAGACGGACCUGUGCCAGUACAUCAUCACUGAUGAUGUACUGCUACCGCAGGAGCAGGUGGAGGAUCUUCACUACCAUUGGGAGGAACUCUGCUUCAAGGUGUCUCUGCGCAAACAGGAGAUUGCUGACCGUCUCAAUGCGUGGAUCAUCUUCAAUGAGAAGAACAAAGAGCUGUGUGAGUGGCUCACCCACAUGGAGAACAAAGUGGCGAACAACGCUGACUUUAACAUUGAAGCAAUGGUGGAAAAGCUGAAGAAGGACUGCAUGGAGGAGAUCAACCUGUUUAGUGAGAAUAAAACCCAUCUGAAGCAGCUGGGAGAACAGCUCAUCACUGCAAGCAACAAGACCAAGGAGGCAGAGACCAACGUGAAGCUGAAGGAUGUCAGCGACCGUUGGCAGCAUCUGUUCGACCACAUAGAAGCCAGGGUGAGGAAAUUGAAGGAGACGUUGGUCACGGUUCAGAAGCUGGAUAAAAACAUGAGCAACCUGCAGACGUGGCUGUCCUGCAUUGAGGCAGAGCUGGCCAAGCCGGUGGUCUACAAGGAUUGCCACAGCGAGGAGAUCCACAGGAAGCUGGCUGAGCAGCAGGGUUUACAGCUCGACAUAGAGCAGCACACUGAGAGCGUGGCAUCGGUGCUGAAGCUGUGUGACAUCCUGCUCCAUGAUGCUGAUGCCUGUGGCGGGGAUUCAGAGAACGACUCCAUCCAGCAGACCGCUCACAACCUGGACCGCCGCUGGAGGAACAUCUGUGCCAUGUCCUUGGAGCGCAGGAUGAGGAUUGAGGAGACUUGGCGUCUCUGGUGUAGGUUCCUAGAUGAUUAUUCUCGUUUUGAAGGCUGGCUAAAGUCAGCUGAGCUCACGGCAGCCAACCCUGCUUCUUCUAAUGUCCUCUACACCUGUGCCAAAGAGGAGCUCAAGAAGUUUGAGGCAUUCCAGCGGCAGGUUCAUGAGCGGCUGACUCAACUGGAGCUGGUUAACAAACAGUACCACCGCCUGGCCCGGGAAAACCGCACUGAUGCUGCCUGCAAGCUGAAGCUCUUGGUUCAUGAUGGGAACCAGCGGUGGGACUCCCUUCAGAGACGGGUGGGGGCUGUGAUCCGCAGGCUGAAGCACUUUACUUCCCAGAGAGAAGAGUUUGAAGGAACCCGUGAAGGGAUACUGGUCUGGCUCACAGAGAUGGACCUCCAGCUCACCAAUGUGGAGCACUUCUCCCAGAGCGACAUCGAAGACAAGAUGAGGCAGCUGAGAGGCUUCAAGCAGGAGAUCACCCUCAACACCAACAAGAUCGAUGCCCUGAUAGUUUUUGGGGAGAAUCUGAUCCAGAAGAGCGCUUCUCUGGACGCUGUGCUGAUUGAGGACGAGCUGGAGGAGCUUCAUUCCUACUGCCAAGAGGUGUUUGGCCGGGUGGCUCGCUUCCAUCAGCGCCUGAUCAACAGAAGACCGGUUGUGGAUGAGGAGAUGUCAGACCAGGAAACUGACCUGGACCGGUCCUCCAGUGUGAGGAGGAAGAAGGAGGAGAGUGAACCUUCAGGUCUUGGCGGAGUCUCAGCUGGACGGCCGGCAACAUCCCACCUAUUGGUGCCUCCUCCAGAACGCUCAGGAAGAGAAACCCCAGUCAGCGUGGAUUCCCUUCCCCUGGAGUGGGACCACACCGUGGAUGUGGGAGGGUCAUCUUCCCACGACGAUGAAGAGGACGCCCUGUUCUUCAGUGUUCUGUCAGUGAAAUCCAUUACUGAGCAACCCAGCUGGCAUCAACCUGGCUCCCCGCAGAGGAACUGUGUCGCCAGAGACCUGAGCCGAGGUCUGUGCUCCACCCCGACUCACCGCAGCAGCUUUUUGUUUCAUCCAGGAGAACAUACUUCAAUCAUGUCAGACGGCGGUGGGAGCAUCAACACUGGGAGGAGAGUCAAGCUGAUCCUCAAUGACGACCAGGAAGUGGAGGUGGAAGGCCUGAACAGCAGCACAGCCAACAGGCAGAACAGCGCAGGUGUGAUGGAGCGCUGGGAGCUGCAGCUGACCCCGAACCUCACAGAUCAGGCAAACAUCGAGGAUAUCUUGGAGCAGUGGCACAAACUCAACUGUGAGCUCUGUGAUGUCACUUCCUGGCUAAGCAGGGUGCUGCCAGAGCUGGAGAGAUUGCAGCGCAUGGCCCCGCCCACCAGCAUGCAGGACCUGGAGGCCCAGAUCAGGAAGCUUAAAGAGAUGCAGAGGACCUUCAACAGCCACAAAUGUCUUAUGAUGUCUGUCAACCUGAGAAGCCAUCACUUCCUGCGGACAGACGGCACCGAGCUGCAGGAGCUGCAGGAGGCGCUGGGCUCAGCCAGUCACAGCUGGGCUCAGGCCUGCAGCGCCUUGGAGAACUGGCAGAGGAAGCUGUACCACGCUGUCCUGCAGUGUCAGGAGUUCCAUGAAGCUCUGGGGUCCCUGCUGCUCCUCCUCUCUGAGGCUGAGAAGAAACUGCAUGAUGUCAGCAUCUACAGGACACCGGCGCCCCUGAAGAGAGACAUGCUGAGGGCUCUACAGGAGGAGCUGCAAAGCAGACUUCAUCAGGUUUCAGCUUUGCAGGAGAUCUCCUCACUCCUCCUGGUGGAGGCCACCUCUGAGGAAGGUCUGGAGGCCAAGGAGAAGGUUAAUGUCAUUAGGAAUAAGCUUAAGCUGUUGCUGCAGAAGGUUGCUGCACACCUGGGUUCUCUGCAGGAAGUUCUGGACUGUUCCACUGGCUCUGCAGAUUUCAGGUUCCCUCUGCUGCUUCCUCAGGAGGCCGUUUCACGAGCAGCUCCCCCCUCAAAGGCUCCUCCUGUCAGAGAACAGAGAAGGGACGUCUUCUCCCGGCUCCUCCGUGCCGCCUUUUCCAUCCACCUGCUGUUCCUGGUUCUGCUGGUCCUGGUUCUGCUGGUUCUGGUGCCACUGUCUGACCAGGACCACAGCUGUAUGCUGUCCAACAACUUUGCUCGAUCCUUCCACCCGAUGCUGCACUACACCAACGGUCCUCCGCCCACCUGACGCUGCUGGGAUCUCCUGACCUGCUCUCCUGCAGGUUCUAGAGGUUCCCUCUGGAUGAACUUUGAAUUUAAAGCCAUAGUUAGGCCCGAGCAGCGAAGCGCUGCAAAGGCCUAUUGUAAUUCUGCUUGGUUUUUUAAAUCAGUAUUUAUUUUCAUGUCUGAAGCGAACGAACAAGAAGUAGAAAAAGAAGAAGAGCGGCCAUUUUCGCAGAAGGACAAACAAAAAUGGUCGUUUUGCGUUUG